AUGUCUCUGGCACAACGUUACGGAAAUGUUAAAAGCAUAGUGAAGCGAUCGAAAAAGUACAUAGAUGAAGCGCUUUACUUGAAGCUCUUCAAAGACGGUGGGUCUGAACUCAAUGUUCGUCAGCAACUCAACCAGUUCAUUAAGAGUGGAAAGCGCGUUUACAAAUGGGAAGUUGGCGAUACCCUGAAGAAGCUUCGCCAACGCAAACUCUAUCAACCUGCUCUCAAGCUAUCAGAAACCAUGGCUAAGAGGAAUAUGAUUAAGACUGUUAGUGACCAAGCUAUACAUAUUGAUUUGGUUGCAAAAGCUAGAGGUAUUACUGCUGCUGAAAAUUAUUUUGUCAAUCUCCCUGAGUCUACAAAAAAUCAUCUCUGUUAUGGUGCCCUUCUUAACUGCUACUGCAAGGAAUUGCUGACUGAUAAAGCUGAAGGUGUUGUCGAAAAGAUGAAGGAUCUCGGAUUUCCUUUGAGUUCAAUGUCAUACAACAGCCUUAUGACUCUUUAUACGAAAGUAGGUCAACCGGAGAAAAUUCCUUCCAUCAUUCAAGAAAUGAAGGCUAGCAAUAUCAUGCCGGAUUCUUACACAUAUAAUAUCUGGAUGAGAGCUCUUGCUGCUGUUAAUGACAUUUCUGGUGUUGAAAGGGUUAUUGAUGAGAUGAAGAGGGAUGGUCGAGUAACGGGAGAUUGGACAACAUAUAGCAACCUUGCAUCUAUUUAUGUUGAUGCUGGCUUGUUUGAGAAGGCCGAAGGGGCUCUUAAGGAAUUGGAGAAGAGGAAUGCUCACAAAGAUCUUUCUGCUUACCAAUUUCUGAUUACAUUGUAUGGGCGAAUAGGCAAAGUGUACGAGGUUUAUAGGGUCUGGCGUUCUCUUAGGUUGGCAUUUCCUAAAACUGCAAACAUAAGCUAUUUGAAUAUGAUUCAGGUUUUAGUAAACUUGAAGGAUCUCCCGGGAGCUGAAAAAUGUUUCCGUGAGUGGGAAUCGAGCUGCACUACUUAUGAUAUUCGAGUUGUAAAUGCUCUGAUAGGGGCAUACACAAAAUCAGACAUGUUGGAGAAGGCUGAAGAGCUAAAGGAACGUGCUCGGAGGAGGGGGGCCAAGCCUAAUGCUAAAACAUGGGAAAUAUUUUUGACCUACCAUUUACGAAAAGGUGACUUUAAGUUGGCGGUGGAUUGUUUAUCUGAAGCAAUAUCAAUUGGUAGAGGGAAUGGUGAGAAGUGGGUUCCGUCAUCCGAAACAAUCGGUGUUAUGAUGAAGCACCUUGAACAAGAGAAGGAUGUUGAUGGUGCAGAAGAAUAUAUAGAGAUCUUGAAGAAAUCUGUGGAUUCUGUAGGGGUAGAGGUGUUUGAAUCAUUGAUUAGAACUUAUGCAGCUGCUGGCAGGACUAGUUCUGCUAUGCAACGGCGAUUGAAGAUGGAGAAUGUGAGUGUGAACGAAGACACCCAGAAGUUGCUCGAGGCUAUCUCUGUGGAGUGA